UUCAAAUCUCUAGCACAAGAGUGAGGGAGAGAAAGAGAGAGAGAGAGAGAGAGAGAGAGAGAGAGAGAGAGAGAGAGAGAUGGAGAAAAGCAAGAUUUUGAUCGUAGGAGGAACUGGUUACCUGGGAAAGAGAUUGGUGAAGGCAAGUUUAGCAUUAGGCCAUGAAACAUACAUUCUCCAAAGGGAAGAGAUUGGUGUUGACAUUGAGAAGGUACAAAUGUUAUUGUCAUUUAAAGAACAGGGAGCUCAUCUUGUGCAAGGUUCUUUUGAUGAUCAACAAAGCCUUGUAGAAGCUGUGAAAUUAGUUGAUGUUGUUAUUUGUGCAAUUUCUGGUGUUCAUAUUAGAAGCCACCAAAUCCUCCUCCAACUCAGGCUUGUUGAUGCUAUCAAACAAGCUCCAAACGUUAAGAGAUUUGUGCCGUCAGAAUUCGGAACAGAUCCAGCAAGAAUGGAGAAAGCAAUGGAACCUGGAAGAAUCACAUUUGAUGACAAAAUGGUGGUGAGAAAUGCAAUUGAAGAAGCUGGAAUUCAAUUCACUUACAUUUCUGCCAAUUGUUUUGCUGGGUAUUUUCUUGGAGGACUCUGUCAACCUGGUCACAUCAUUCCUUCAAGAGAUCAUGUCUCCUUGCUUGGACAUGCCAAUCAGAAAGCAAUCUAUGUUGAUGAAGAUGAUAUUUCUAUCUACACUAUUAAAACCAUAGACGACCCUCGUACCCUCAAUAAGACAGUUUAUAUUAGACCUCCCAAGAAUAUUUUGUCUCAGAGAGAAGUGGUUGAAAUUUGGGAGAAUUUGAUUGGCAAACAACUUCACAAGUCCACCAUUUCCAAGGAAGAGUUCCUACAUUUUAUUAAAGAGCAAGAUUAUGCAGAGCAAGUUGGAUUAGCACAUUACUACCAUGUUUGUUACGAGGGAUGUCUUGCAAACUUUGAGACAGGUGAACAAGCAGAGGAAGCUACUCAGCUUUACCCAGAAGUCAACUACACCACUGUGGAACGGUACUUGAGACGCUAUUUAUAACUGUAAAAUAGCAAAAUUAUAAAUUGAAUUGGCACGAUCUCUGCAAAUGUAGCCUAAAUGUUUUUUCUGACACGUGUGUAAUAAUGUUGUGAAAAUAAAUGGUUUGCGUUUUGCUGCCGGUAUAUACUUACAAGCCUUUUAAGUUUCCAA